CGGCAGCAGCGGAAGAGGCGGCGGCGGCGGCGGCGGCGGCGGUGGUGGUUCCCGAGGCUGGUCAGGAAUCAGGGCAAUCCCGAGUGCCCGGCCCGGCCCGGCCCCUGCGCGCCCAGCUUCGGAGAGUUCCCUGGAACCUUCAACCAUGGCAGAAUACGGAACCCUCCUACAGGACCUGACUGAUAAUAUCACCCAUGAGGAUCUGGAACAGCUGAAGUCUGCUUGCAAAGAAGACAUCCCAAGUGAGAAAAGUGAGGAGAUCACUACUGGCAGUGCCUGGUUUCAGUUCCUCGAGACCCACAACAAAUUGGACAAAGAUAACCUCUCCUACAUAGAGCACAUCUUUGAGAUUUCAAGGCGACCAGAUCUGCUCACCAUGGUGGUUGACUACAGGACCCGUGUGCUAAAGAUCUCUGAGGAGGAUGAGCUGGACACUAAACUGACCCGAAUUCCUAGUGCCAAGAAGUACAAAGAUAUCAUUCGGCAGCCCUCAGAGGAAGAAAUCAUUAAGCUGGCUCCCCCACCCAAGAAGGCUUGAAGGAGGAGGAGAAGAGGAGGAAGGUUGGACCUUCAGUGGACCACCCCUAUCCUCCUGGGGAGGGGGAAGGGGCAAGCACUGCACCAUUACCCCCUACCCUACCUAUUCACUAACCUGGUCUUAACCACUCCCAAUUGUGUAUGUGCGCGCGCAUGUGUGUGCGCACACUCUGGCUGUCUGUCUGUCCGUCUAGCUCGCCUAGUUCCCCCUCCCUGGGGGGGGCAGGAUAUGGGGUCUUAGUCCCCCCACUCCAGGGGAAGGUGGGGGCUAUUUCUAUGCAAAUAGAAAUCAGCACAUUCCCCCUGCAUCUCCUGGUCCCACUCCCUUAUCUCUUUAUGCCCCCCACAAAAAAGUCUAGGAGCAGAGUGGGGGUGAUUUUUUCCAAUGCAAUGAGGAAAGAUGGGGAUGAGGAAAACUAAAAUGUUGAUGGGUUGGGAAGGGUCCUGAAUGGGCUGAGAGGACAUAAGGAAAGAGUAAAGUUAGUAGUUCUAGGCCAAUGUGGCCCAAGAGUGGACCUGAAUUCCCCACUUGGGGAAGGCUCAAUAAGGUCAAGAUUCAUGCACUGCAGCUGAGUUAUAGGGCAGAUCCCCAUGAUGCCCUCCCUUCAUUCUCGUUAGAGAAUGAUUGGAAGGGCAUGAGUAAACCCCUUUUCACUUUUUUUCACCCACCUGAGAUGGGUAUAAAAGUUCUUAAAGUUGAAGCCCCUGUUUGCUUUCCACUCUUGAAAGCCAGAGUUGGUAGGAAGCCAAGAAUGAAGGGGAAUAGCAAAGAGCCCCUUCUUUGUUCCUCCAUUCCUCUUUGGUGACUUUCACAGUGAACCUGAGGAAGACUAUCCUCAACCAGUCCUCCCUCCAAAAAACACUCCAACUUGGGGCUUUUUUGGGCCUACGGGUUCCAAUCCCAAUCUAUCCUCUACUUUCAGGGCCCAUGCCCCCACCAUUGGCUAACGUGGAGUUACCCCUAUCACCAAGUUACCCUUGGGAUAUCCCCAGACAAUAGUUAAGGGGAGGGGGAAAACGACAGUAUUUUCUUUUGCACUAAUUCUGCACCCCAGGCAAGAGACCCGGCUCAUUUUGGUAGGGGGAACACGGAUCACUCCUCCACUUGGCCCCAUUUCCUGGCCCCCUUGUGUUUAUGGCCACUUCCUAGCCAAACCACUAGGGGGUACUGACCCUAGCCUAUGGACCCCAAGAUGCCCCUCCCUACCCUGACCGUGCUAACUGUGUGUACAUAUAUAUUCUACAUAUAUGUAUAUUAAACCCGCACUGCCAUGUUUGCCCUUUUGUGGUUUCUAGCGUUAACUUAUUGUCUAGGUCAGACCAGAGAGCUUGGGGGUGGGGGGAGGUGGGGUGGCAUAGAAGGGUUGCCAAAAUAGAAGAGAAGACAAUUAAAAAAAAAAAAAAAACAUUCAAGCCUAGAGUGGAUU